UGUGUUUGUAGAUGAAGAACAUAAUAGCAAUGGCAAUUUGGAAAAUAAUACGAAUGGCUUUGGUAAAAUCUUACAUUACCGUACUCUGCACAGGUAUAUGAACAUGUAUAGCGCUGAAUAUGUACGGAAACUUAAAAGAGAUGAGAAAAUUCAAAAAUCAGUAGCGCUACAACCUGGUGUUACUGGUUAUACUAAAAGUGGCAACACAAGAACUAAAUCAUCGACAUCCAAAGCCUUACCAACAGUCACUGAAAUCAUAAACGAUCCUCUUCCUAAGAGCUUCACUCACCAUUCUAUGAAGGCACAUGCAUAUAAGGGCCAUGAAGUAUUUAAACACUUUACGCAUAAAGAGUUAAAAUUCAUUUUCCAGGGAUACGCUGUUCCUUAUCCAAAGAAUAGAAAGGAACAAAAUUGUAUUAUUCUAACUGAUAUUUGGAAAAAAAGUGGUGACGCAAUGCCAUAUCCAGCAAAAUUAUCACAAGAAAUGUUUGACAGCAUAGCAAAAAAUGCUUCGCAAGAACAAAAUAAUGAACCGAAUGAAUUACAUGGUCAGCAAAAUGAUCAUACAGUGACAACGACCGAAGUAGAAGAGCAACAUACGACAACAACAAACAAAAACGGUUAGCAUUUUUCUUUUUUACAAAUGGUUUUCGAUUGAAUAAUGAAAAUCAUGCAACGUGCAUAUAAAUUUAUAAACAUUUAUGUAUAUAUACACUGUAAGCACAUAUUAAAAAUGUUGCAUCUUUUGUAUGGACAGUAAUAUUUCUUGUAUAUCUUUCAGCACCACAACAGCAAAAGAAGAAAAGAAAGUGUGGAUAUUGCGGUCAAGAAGGUCAUCGGAAAAAAUACAGAGAUAAGUUGACAUGUCCCCAGUAUGUUAAAGAUACACAAGCACAGGAAAUGCUGUCAAUCGCUUAA